AAAAAAUAAAGAUGUCCUUUUUAGAAUACAAACAAUUGGAGCAUCAAGAGUUUAUCAAAUCAGAUCUGAGUCAAAAGUCCGACGUUGCUAGUAUUGCCUAUGGCUCUUCUAUUGCUGUUGUCACUAAUAAUGCUUAUGAUUCUGCUUUUAGGAUCAUUAAAGCAAGCCCACCGAAAGACACAGAGGGAAAGCCACCUUCACUUAAAGAUGGAUGGGAAGUCAGCAUUGGAAGCGAUAAAGCAGCACACGUAUGUAUUAUUAGAUUGGGCCAUCCAAGCAAUAUUUCUGGAUUUGAUGUAGAUACUAGCUAUUUCCAUAUAACAGAGGGCUUUAUUGUAUCUGUAGAGUGCGCAUAUCAGCCUACAGACAGUAUUGAAGCAGAUCACGCUCAAUGGAUCAAAAUCUUGGACAAGGUGGAGCUUUCACCUUCUUCACACAAUUUCUUUGAAUUAAAGAAGCCAAGCUUGAUGAUAUCUCAUAUUCGUAUUUGUGCCCAUUCUAAUGGUGGCAUCGCUCGCUUCCAUGCUUAUAGCCAAAGUACUCACCCUUUGCCUAAAGCUGAGCCAUCGGCUAUUACCGCUCGACCACUCACAACUGAAGAUUACGCACCUUAUGGGGACGUAAUUCAUGCUCCUGGAGCACGUAGUAUGACUGGCGCAAAUCAGGGUACAGCAUCCAAGUAUCAUCACGUGGCCCAGGUAAACAACCUGUUUCCAAGAGGUGAUGGCAAGAUGAACCUUUGCAUCUUUCGUUGCAAGCCUACAGAGGAUCUUCCGUUUACAGUCAAGCUACUCGAACGUCAUCCUUAUUCAACUCAAGCGUUUAUUCCCAUGACGAAUGGCGGAACUCGUGGAUACUUGGUCGUAGUUGCUCUGAAUGGUAUAGACGAUCGUCCAGACCUGUCUACAAUCAAAGCAUUUAUUGCCACUUCAACGCAAGGUAUUAAUUACCGCCAAGGUGUUUGGCAUCAUCCGAUGAUUGCACUGGAUUGUAUAACAGAUUUUGCUGUUAUUGUACAUGAAAGUGGGGUACCAGAAGAUGACUGUAAUGAAGUCAAUGUACCACAUAUUGUGGUUCGAGUUCCUGGAUUUCAAGCAAAUUUGUAAUAAAAUAAGGAAUAAAAAUUGAAGCGAACGUAUGAAUUAAUUGAGAAGAGUGGUAGUAGAUCAAUUAACAGUGUAG